AUGAAGCUCUCCAAUGCCUGCAUCUUCCUCGCCGCCGCCGUGGUCGUGGAUCCCGUCGCUGCCCGGAUCGGCCAGAUGAAUGGCAUCCACGACCACCAGCCACACCGCAACAACCGGCGCCUCAAUCUCUUGGAGGUUGAGAUUUUGGAUCCAUCCCAGAGGAACGAAGAAGAAUCCAAGAGGGACGAAGAACUCUACCAAUGCGAUGUCCGCUACGAGGAGACCACCCAACGAAGCGCGAUCCUCGACCUCGAAGCCUGGCUCGAGUUCAUCAACGACGAAGAAGAACCGAAGGAAGAAGGAGGAUCGGAGGAAGAAGGAGGAUCAGCCGAUGCCGACAAUCGCGACCUCGACGAAGACAACACGAACAAAGAACUCUUGAACUUUCUGAAUUUGGAAAAGUUCAAGCAGCAAAAGACUGCUCAAUGGAGCGCCGAAAACAAACCUCCGCCUAAUUUGAACACCGUCCUGACGCACCCGAUCAAAAAAUCGACGUUUCAGAAACUCGAUUCCAAUAAUUGGGGGGAAGGCAAGAAGCUAGACCUCAAAACGCUCGAUUUAUUAAAGCUUCCCACGAAUCUCCCGGACUUGGAAGUGAAAGCGGACAACCUAAAGGAGGAAGCGAAGGAGGUGAACUUCCGCAAUGGCGUGUCGGAUGACGAGGAGAAGUUUGACGACGUCAUGGAAGCAGCCUUUGUGGAAUGGAUCAACUGUUUCAUGGCGUAUGAGUUCGCCGAGAACGAGCCAGCCAAGGGCGACAGUGACAGCGGUGACAGCGGUGACAGCAGUGACAGUGACAGCAGUGACAGUGGUGACAGCAGUGACAGUGACAGUGACAGUGGCGAAAAAGCUGACUAA